CUUUACAAUAAAAAUAUCACAUGGUUUGUCUCCACUCAAGACAGUACAGUGAAGCUUCUUAAUUUUUUUAUUAUAACGGUUUUAUUUUCCAUCUGGAUUUGGGUCAUCCUCUGUUCUCGUUUCCAAUUGUCCCUAGCAUCUCAAUCUUACUUUCCAAAAAAACAACCAGGAAAAUCGCAGCUGCAGCUUUCAUGCUGCUUUUGGAUUGUUUUUGGGUUUCCCCAAUUUAGAAGAAAACAUACAUUGUCUUGUCCUAAUUAACGAAAACAAAAGUCCUAAGUUAGAGAGUGAGACUUUUUAUGAAGAUUCUCUGAGAAUCCAGAUUAAGCACAAAAACAUGUUUAAGUCUUGGAGGAGCGACAAGAAAAAGAUCAAAGCUGUAUUCAAAUUGCAGUUUCAGGCAACUCAGGUGCCGCAGUUGAAGAAACCAGCAUUGACUAUAUCUCUGUUGCCAGAGGAUGUUGGAAAGACAACAUUCAAACUGGAGAAAGCAGCAGUUGACGAUGGAACCUGUUUAUGGGAAAAUCCUAUCUUUGUAACAGUAAAACUCGUUAGGCACGCAAAAACAGGAAAGCUGGAUGAGAAAAUAUAUCAUUUCAUUGUGUCUAGUGGAUCUUCAAAAUCAGGUUAUCUUGGAGAAGCUUCAAUUGAUUUUGCAGAUUUUGCAGAUGAAGCUGAACCAUUGACAGUCUCUCUGCCCCUUAAGUUUGCAAACUCCGGAGCAAUUUUACAUGUGACAGUUCAGAGGGUACAGGGAGGUACUGAUCAAAGAUACAAUGAAGAUUAUGGAGAUUCUGCACUUACCCGAGAUGAAAGCUUGCAGAAACAAUUGAGCAAUGGACUUACAGAUGGAGAUGACAAAAUUUUCAGUGAGGACAAGAAUUUUGAUAACUUGUCAUUGGAAAAUGCUGACCAAGAUGGAAGCUUCAGAGAAUAUAUGGGUUCUAAUGCUAGUUUACAAACAACUCUCAAACAAAAUUCUAUGCCUCGAAAGGUACCUGUUGAUACUUCUGGAACAAAGAACCGUCUACAUAGAAGAUCAAGCACAGAUUGGUCAAUGGGUUCAGCUUCAGAUGGAAGUUUAGUUGACUCAACAAACAGCCUUGAGAACGAGCUUCAAAGAGAAGUUCGAGGGAAUUCGGAUGAAUCUAUUGAAAAACUCAAAAGUGAAAUAUCCACUCUACUGAGGCAAUCAGAAUUAUCGGAAUUGGAAUUACAGUCUCUGCGGAAACAGAUUGCAAAAGAAAGCAGAAGGGCACAAGAUUUAUCUAGAGAAAUUAUUGAACUUAAAGAGGAGAGAGAUGCAUUGAAAACAGAAUGUGUACAACUCCGGUCCUCACAGAGGUCUGUUGAUGGAGAGGCACUGAACAGAUUACAGGAUGAGAAUAAGGAUUUAAAGGUUCAGCUAGAAGAAAUCAGGCGAGAGCUCACUCAUGGAAAGGAAAUGAAUAGCCAUCUCAAGUUGCAACUCCAGAAAACACAAGAUUCUAAUUCUGAGUUGAUUCUUGCUGUGAGAGAUCUUGAUGAUAUGUUGGAACAGAAAAAUAUGGAGAUAUCUCACCUUUCUGUCAAGCUUGAGGUAAGUAAGAAUUCCGAUGAGGAUCAGGGUAAAAAAUGUAAAUGCACCAUGAAAGAGGACGAAAACCAACAGGCAGUACAUGUGCUGGAAGAAUCUGGGAGGGAGCAAAAUGAUGGUGAUGAAUUGUGCUUACUGAAGCAGCAAAUUAAAGACCUGUCUGAUGAAAUUGAACUAUACAGACAAGAUAGAGAAAAACUGGAGAACUAUAUUGAACAACUCAGCCAAGAGUAUGCAGAUUUACAACAGGAAAACCAUGAUUGCUCCUCCAAGUUAGAGCAGAGCAAGUUGCAACAACUAAAGGUGCAAAAUGAAUACAUGGAAUCUUUAGCAACUAUUGAGGGACUUGAAUUACAGCUAAAGAGGUUGGAGGAAAAAUUAAAGAAGCAGACAGAAGAAUUCUCAGAAUCAUUGAUUUCUAUUGAUGAACUUGAAAGUCAUGUGAAAUUACUGGAGAAAGAACUAGAGAAACAGGCAGCACAAUUUGAAAAUGAUCUUGAUGCAAUGACAAAUGCCAAAAUUGAGCAGGAACAAAGAGCCAUCCGUGCAGAAGAGGCCUUAAGGAAGACGAGGUGGAAAAAUGCAGUGACAGCAGAGCGGUUACAAGAGGAAUUUAAAAGACUUUCUGUGGAAAUGUCAGGUAAGUUUGAUGAAAAUGAGAAGCUGAUGGCAAAAGCCACUGCAGAAGCUACCGAACUACGUGUUCAAAACAAAAUUCUGGAAGAAAGACUUCACAAAUCUACUGAAGAGCUUUCACUAAUCAGGGACGAGAGCCAAGUAAAAGUGGAAGAACUAUCAACUCAACUAGCUUUGCAAACAAAACACGUUAAGCAGAUGUCAUUAGAACUAGAAGCUAAGUCCAAGCAACUGAGAAAUGCAGAGAAGCAAGAGGAUUUCUCAGUGGAAAUUCAAAUGCUCAAAGCCAAUAUAGAAAUGCUUACAAAAGAGAACAAUGGCAUCUCUGAACAGGCAGAACAGAUGAGCUUGAGAGAUGAAACUGAGAAAAUGAAGUCGUCAUUUGUAGAAAAGGAGGUGCUAAUUGAAAGAUGGAAAAAAGAAAGAGAUGAAUUGGAGAGAAAUUUUGCAUUAGCAAAGAAGGAAGCAGAAAAGUUACAAGAAGAAUUACUCAUCUUGAGCUCUUUAAAAAAUGAAAAAGAGACACAGGUUGAGAAACUGUUAUCAGAAGCAGAAAGUGUUAGAUCUCAACAUAAUAAAUUAGAACAUAGCUUGUCCAAACAAGAAUUGGAGAAACAAAAUCUGCAGAAACAAGUACUUGAAUUAAAGCAUGAGCUGCAAUGUGUAGGAAGAACGUCCCAAGAAAGCAGAUAUACAAGGGAGAAAGGACAGCAAUAUGAGACGAACACCAACCAAAGAAUUCCUGCUGAGAAAGUAGUUAGUGCCGCACUUAGAAGAGAUGACAGCAACAUUACAGAAUUGUUGACAGAAAUAACACUGCUAAAAGAAAGAAACAAAUCCAUGGAAAGCGAAUUAAAAGAAAUGCAGGAGAGAUAUUCAGAGAUAAGCCUCAAAUUUGCAGAGGUAGAAGGUGAAAGGCAACAACUAGUCAUGACUGUACGGAACCUAAAGACUGGGAAGAAGAACUAGCAUGCCUAAUAUGUGGGACAUUGGAAAGAGAAAUUAAGCAUGGAUGAAGCACCUGAUAAAACUGCAUUUUAUGCAGCAGGGCUUGUUGUCUCAGCUAUUCCUCUAAACACUGUAUUAUCCAGUUGACCAAAACAUGCUCAAGCAAGAGGUCAAUAUAUCCCGAAAAUUAAUUUGUCAAUAAAAUUUAAUUAUCAGAAUCUAUUACAUCA